AUGGCCAAGCUCGCCGAGCAAGCCGAACGUUAUGAUGAAAUGGUAUCUUACAUGAAGGAUGUUGCCAAGCUCGGAGUAGAGCUCACUGUGGAGGAACGUAAUCUUCUCUCGGUCGCAUAUAAGAAUGUGAUUGGUGCCCGCCGAGCGUCUUGGAGAAUUAUUUCAUCUAUCGAACAAAAGGAAGAAAACAAAGGUAACGAAACUCAAGUUCAGAAGAUCAAAGCUUACCGUCAGAAAGUCGAAACCGAGCUCUCAGAAGUCUGUUCGGAUAUCCUUGCCGUAUUGGAUGAACAUUUGAUUCCAUCUGCCGAAGCUGGUGAAUCCAAGGUUUUCUAUUAUAAAAUGAAGGGUGAUUAUCACCGAUACCUUGCCGAAUUUGCCUCGGGUGAAAGACGAAAAGAAGCUGCCACUCAGGCUCAUGAAGCCUAUAAACACGCAACUGACAUCGCCCAGACCGACCUUGCUCCAACUCAUCCUAUUCGUCUCGGACUUGCAUUAAACUUUUCAGUAUUCUACUACGAAAUUCUCAAUUCACCUGAUCGCGCUUGUCAUCUUGCCAAGCAAGCAUUUGAUGAUGCCAUUGCUGAACUCGAUACUCUAAGUGAAGAAUCUUAUAAAGAUAGUACAUUGAUCAUGCAAUUACUCAGAGACAACUUGACCCUCUGGACUUCAGACUUGCAAGAUGCAGAGGGUGAGAAACAAGAUGAACCUAGUAGUAAUAAACAAGAUGUCGAAGCCGAAGAAUCAAAGUAG